CUAAAGCACUGGGGCUUACAGACAGGUUGGGAACCGAAGGAGCGCUUUCACUCGGGUUAUUUUUCCAGCGGUAUAAGCUAGAAUCCGCAGGUUCCACAUUGCCCCAGCAAACUGCACCCAGCACAGUGCAGAAGGGUACACAGGGCAGGAGCAUGGUGUGCUCCACUGUUAUCUGUGGGCAAAAGUCCCUCGUCCAUGAGCCCUAAGGGUGCGAGGGCCUGAAACCACCCCAGCAUCGCGGGCAGAGUCCAUCCGUGCUUGGCACAUCUGGCACAGCGAGCCGGGCACCGCAGCGCUACUGCCUGAAGGACCCUUCCAGCCCCAGCCAUUCUAGAACCCUGCGAUCCCACAAAUCUGCAAACAAAGGGAUGCAUAACUUCGGUGCAAACCUAGCGCCAGGAUCUGCAAGUCCCCGCUGGGCAGAAGCCACGGAACAAACGCAGACGUGAUCAAAAAUGACUGUCAAAGCUGUAAAAAUGCCGUGCACCACUCCAAAUGUUUAUACUAAAGUGCCUGAUGGAGGAUGGGGCUGGGCAAUCGCUGUGGCUUUCUUCUUUGUGGAAGCUCUUACAUAUGGCGUUAUAAAAUCAUUUGGAGUCUUCUUCAAUGACCUGAUGGAAAGCUUUGACGAAACCAACAGCAGGAUAUCGUGGAUAAUAUCCAUCUGUGUGUUCGUGCAGACCUUCACAGCUCCUCUGUCGACGGUGCUCAGCAACUGCUUCGGUCACCGCUUCGUCGUGAUGGCCGGAGGGGUGCUGGUCAGCACCGGCAUGAUCACCGCCUCCUUUGCCCACAGUGUCGUUCACAUGUACAUCACCAUCGGCAUCGUUUCUGGCCUCGGAUACUGCCUCUCUUUCCUCCCGACUGUCACCAUUUUAUCACAGUAUUUUGACAAAAGACGUUCGCUGGUCACAGCAGUGGCAUCCACAGGGGAAUGUUUUGCUGUCUUCCUCUUUGCACCAGUAAACACUCAUUUGAAGGAGCAGAUUGGCUGGAGAUACAGCCUCCUUUUUGUUGGGGCACUGCAGCUGAGCAUUGUCAUCUGUGGAUCACUGCUGCGACCCAUUAUAAUCAAAGAGCAUGAAGAAGAAGAAGUGAAGGUGCAGCCUCCAGAAGAGCCUGCAGAGACAAAGUACAUGCUUGAAAACGAGCAAACACGCACCUCAAUAGAGUCCAUCGACUCAGGAGUAGAAAUAACUACCUCACCCAAAAAUGUGCCUGGAAACACCAAAGCAGAGCCGAAAAGCGAAGAACCAAAGGACCAUGUACAGAUAAUUGUUGAAAAUAACAGCACCCCUCCAGAACCAAAAACCAAACUACUGGACUUCUCUGUGAUGAGAGAUUAUAGCUUUAUCUGUUAUGCAUUCUUUGGCCUAUUUGCUACCCUGGGAUUCUUCGCUCCCUCCCUGUACGUCAUUCCCCUGAGCCGCAGCCUUGGCAUCAGCAAAGACCAUUCUGCAUACAUACUGUCUGCAAUGGCGAUUGCAGAGGUCUUGGGAAGGAUUUCAGCUGGCUGGGUGCUCAACAAAGAGCCUAUCCGCAAGAUCCACAUCGAACUCGUCUGUGUCAUUCUGCUGUCUGUAGCACUGUUUGCCUUCCCUUUCGCCUCUGAAUUCUGGGGGUUGAUGACAUGUAGCAUAUUUUUCGGGUUCAUGCUUGGAACAGUAGCGGGCACACACAUCCCGCUGCUGGCAGAAGACGACGUGGUUGGCAUUGCAAAAAUGUCUUCUGCAGCUGGAGUCUAUGUCUUCAUUCAGAGCUUCUCUGGGUUGGCUGGCCCACCCCUCGCAGGUGUCAUAGUGGAUAGAACACAAAACUACAGCUCAGCCUUCUACUCCUGUGCUGCUGGCACGGUCAUGGGUGCUGUGUUUUUGUCCUUGGUGAGACCGUGCAAGGUUGGGAUGUGCCACCAGCAGCAGCCGGGCACGGAGGGAAGCGUGGUGGAAGGCACACAAGAUUCACCAGAGGACUUCAUAGACAUGGACAUUGGAAAGGCAGAUCAUUCAGGAAAAGGCUCUGACAGCGUGGCUUAAACAACUCCUUCUCUGUCUAGCGUACUUGGUGUAAGACUAUGGAAAACAUCAGCUCUGCUCCACAUUUUAAAACUACAUUCUGAAGGGAAUGUGAAAUUUUAAAUGUGAACAGAACAGUUGCUACCAACAACUUUUUUUUUAUUCUUAGAAAAAAAAAACUUUUUUAAAACCAAUCGAAAGCUCCACAGAAAGCCACAACAGAGCAACUCCUGCCUAGCAUGAAGAUGUGAUGCACACUCCUGCUUUCCAAUAACACGCGUAGGUAAAGUCUCAACCGAUCCCAUGUGAAAAACUGAGAAGAGCAGAAUCAGCCCAUGCAGCUCAAGCCAGCGGAGCCGUCUGUCUCCAUCCCAUGCUGCGAGUCCUGUGCAGUCCAGAAACCAAUUACACUAACGAGAGAAGAGUAUUUCACGCAAUACCAGUAGCCAACUGCAUUUUCUUGCAGAAGAAUAUGGACUGAUGUUUCAGAUGGGAGGAGGAGGCCAGGCUAGACAGCGGCUUAAAACAUGGCGAUUAUUCUUCUAAUUAACUUGAAUGUCACAAAUGCUGGGAAAUUGGAGGUUCCAUAUGUCUUUAUGGCCAGUUAUUACUGCACAUCUGUCACGAUAAGGUCAUUUUUCUUCUCUCCCGAUUGAUUUUUCUUAACUAUUUUCUAUUCAUUUUCUGUUUAUAAUUUAACUAUUUAUUAAUUUAUUCUGAUAGUUAAAGGACAUUAUUUUAAAUAACUGGAGAGGAAAAAUUAUCUUCUGCAUAGUGGAAAGCUGUCUUUACGUUAGUCUUUUCAAUACCUAUAUUGUAUUGCUAGCUUGUGAAAUCAUUAGGAAACUUUAAUUUUACAGCAUAGUUGUUUUUAAUAGGUAGGUCUUAGGUAGCCCAAUUAUUAUUUAAAAGACGACGAUGAUAAUAAUAAACUACAGAUUCAGCAUCUCUUUCUGCAAGGCCUCAGCUGCUGGCAGCGGACCUGGCUCUACUGCCACGACCAGAUCACCACGCAGGGAAGAUCUGGCCCAGCACGUCUUUAACAAUGUCUGAAUGUACCCCAAAGUUUCCCCUCCAGGUGCACAAAGGUCUGCGCCCCAUCACUGAACCAAGGAGGGUUGGUGCUAGCAGUGCCCCCUCCUCCCACGCUCGGUGAGAGGCUCUUUGCUGCUGCCUUUAGGGAGAAAUGAACUGGAGCCCGCGUGCAUUUAAUCUGUAAAAGGAAUUGUAAGACAACGUAGGGGCUGUUCACGUAGUCUUAGUGGGAGAGAUUCCCUCACGGUGACACACGCUUGCUUAUCCCACCUAUAUGCAUCUUAAUGCCUCUAGGCAACUCAGGGGGAUCAAUAAAACAAGUCUGCUUCGGUUCGAUGCUUUGGAAAAAAAAAAGCAUUUCUGUGCGUUUAAGUGGAA